CGUGUACGCAUGUUUAUGUUUUUACUCGCAUAUAUGCAUAUGUACAUGCAUACAUACCAGUGAGCUACGGUAGAUGAAUUCCCAAUUGCAAUUUGAAAGAAAUCAAAAUCAAAUGAGCAUUCAAUUGAGGGAAAAUAACAAAGCGCAGGAGAACUCACAUCAACAGUCGUACUACGAGCAACAAUGCGCAAGCACAUAAGCGAUCCGCCACUUGUAUAGCUCAUACGCUCAGUAUCCAAUAAACACACAGCGCCAGCAUGCCACUCACCCCAUUUCCCACUCAAUCGCUCAGAGUCAGCAAUGAGAAUUCCUUUACUCUGCCAUUGAGUGAAUAUUCAUUUUCAAGUUCAUUAAUUUCAAGCAAGUAUGUGCCAAUAAGCAAGCAGUUGGAGCAAAAGAAAAACCACCACCAACAAGCAGCGGCUGAACACUUGCACACUUUGGUGAACACACACAAGCAUAAACGGACGCUUGCGUACGGGGAAUGAACGUAGAGCAACUACAGCUACCAAUUGAGCACUUGGACGAUGAACACGGCUAACAGAACGAACAGUCAACACACAUAACAGUAGCACCAGUACCAGCGCCAGCACCAGCACCAUUAGUACCACUAGCCACCGCUAGCGGCAGCAAUAACAAUUACAACAACCAUAUUGAGCACAUUAAGGCGCACCAGCUUGUAUGCGAAUAGCGGCGUCGCAAACACCAGCGCAAACAACUUCUACACCCAAAGGCAGCAACUUCAGUUGUAAAACGGAUGUCGAAUGUUGUAGAGGUUUGGAACGGACAAACUUCAACGGACAAAAGCGUAAAACGUAGUAUAUAUACAAAGCACUGCAUACUAAGUCUACGAUCAGUUUGAAAAUUAAGAAAACAAAAACAAAAGUAAAUCGUAAUCGGUGAAUGAUUCCAGUAGUGAUCGAAAUCGUGAAUGGGAAAUAGUUUAAUUUAUGCGACUAUAAAUUUUUAAGGCGCAAGUGAUCGCUACCGACAAGUGAUUAUGUCAGGAAAUUUCUAAAAAAAUAAAAAUAAGAAAAAACAAAAGCACAAAGAUUUAUGAGUACAAUUGGGGAAAUCAAAUUACUCAUCAACUAAAAUUAACUUAAAUAAAAUUUAAAUCUAUCGCGAAACAUUCGAUUGCCCGCAAGAGUUAUUGUGAUCAUUAAGGACUUGCGAGCGCAAAUAUUGAGGUUUAUUGGAUAUUCAUAAAUUGCAACGAAAUUGGAAGUACAGUAAAAGUACCAAAAGAGCAAACGUAUAAUGGGAAAAAAGUUUAAGUACUAAAAUAACACACCGCGAGAAUUAUUUGCGGCUGAAGGGCGUGAAAUUGCUUAAGACGAUUUAUUUUUCAUUUACGCGAUAAAUUGUGUGCGUAUUGUGGGCGCGCGAUAGCCUGUGAAAUUGAAUGGCAUUCAAUGCGCGCAGUAGCUGGAAUUUGAUAAACUAAAAACUGCUCACUGGAAUUUUUGCAAUUGAAUUUGAAUAAGAAGAACUCUUAUCGCGGUUUCAUUCAAAGAGGAAAGAAAUUUGCGUAUGUAUUUGUGAAACUGUGAACAUUAGAGUUCAUGCGUUAGUGCAAGAUCGCCACUGUUGGUUAUCGAUCGUUGGUUAUGCCGACGGGCCGCACAAAUGUGUAAAAAUAAAUUAAAAUUUAAGCGAAAAUUGUAAAGCGUUAAAGAUUUACAUUUGAUUCAAAAAAAAGCAAAACAUUUGUGAGUGGAUCCUACGAAUUGUAAAAUUAAAGAGAAAUAAAAAAAUUAAAAAGAAAUAUAAAAAUUCAGGUGCUUAAUUUUGGAAUAAAAAUUCACGAAAUUAUUAAAAAUUAAAAAACUUAAAGAGGAUACAAGACCUAAAUGACAAAUUGCAGAAUGAUUGGAAUAAAAAGUUUAGAAUAACAGAAAACCAAAAACCGAAAAUAAAAAUAAGAAAAAUAAACAAUGAUAAAAAAUAAAACGAAUCAUAAAAAACUAUUUUCUUAUUUAUAAAAAAAGAAAACCUACCAAAAUAAUAAAAACAAAAACAAAUUAUCGAUAAUAAAUAAUUAAAAAAAUAAAUCUAAUUAACAAAAACUAUUUUCUUAUUUAUAAAAAUAGAAAACCUAUAAAAAUAAUAAAAACAAAAACAAAUUAAUAAUAAAAAAUAAAUCUAAAAAACACAAUUUUCUUAUUUAUAAAUAUAGAAAACCUAUAAAAAUAAUAAAAAAGUGCAUAAAUCUUAUGAAAAGAAAUAAUGAAAAAUAAACAGUUGAUAAAAAAAAAAAUCAAUGAAUGAAUGAGAAUCCAUAAAAAGUGAAAAAAAAAAUGAUGGCAUAUAAACAUAACAUAUUUUAGCAUAAAACAUUUAAUCAAAACAAUCAGAGUUGCAAUGCAAUGCAAUGCAAAACCUUUCAAUUAAAAAACAAAACUGAUCGCCAACUGCUGCGUGAACUCCCACGAAAAUUUGUAAUACAGAACAUCCCCUAAAUUCAACGAACUGUACGAGUUCCUCACUCACAUCUACCAAACAGCCCUCGCUUCGAACAUAACCACACAAACAGCGAAUUCGCAAACUCAAGCUUAAUCAAUUAACUUCAAUUGAAAUGAUGCCAGUCCAUCUAAUCUUUAAUAUUUAUUGCAAAAUCAAACGUCCAAUAAUCUGUGCAUUACAUUCACUCAAUUAAAAACGGACUCCACAACGAUCGCUGCUGAAAGUUUAAACGACGUCAAUGACGAGCAUUUUCCCAGCUACCAGUUUGAAAAUUUCUCAUUGCCGUCCUUGCCCAGCCAUAGAAGAAAACGUGAAGACAUGCCGCCCUCUGCGUUCUUAGUUGGUUCAACCAUUUUGACUACAGCCAAAUCAGUGACGAGUAGCAGCAACAGCAAGAGCAGCGCCAUCAUCAACGCCAAUACCACAGCUACAAAAUACUUCACAACGAAACAGUUCUCGCCUACGAAAAAAAUCACCUCGAUUUGCACUUCGCCCUCCCUAUCGCCAACACAAGUGACGCCAGCGAAAUACGCAGCGGGUAGUCCAACAAAUACACACAAAUACAAUCAAAAUAAUAAUUGUCAAACGGUGCAAAAUUACAAUUACUUAAGAGCAACGGCGGAACAGCAGCAGCAACAACAGACGCAGCUGGUGGAGGAGCAAUACUUGCAACGGCAAGAAUAUCAAUCACAGCCACAGUUGAAGAAAUCUCCACAAAAAAUGGUGCUGCAAAGCUAUGAAAAUUAUACCUCUUACCACUUACCUGCGCAUCAUCAACAUGCGUCGCAUGUGUUGUCGCAACAUUUGCCGUUGUCGCAACCGCAACCGCAUCAGCAUCAUCAGCAGCAGCAACAGCAUCAUCAUAAUCAGCACCACCAACAACAGCAGCAGCAAUCGCAUCAGUACCAGCAGCAAUCGCCGCAGCAUCCGCAACAACAACAUCUGCAGCAGCAGCAGCAAAGUUUGCAAUCGCUGACACAGCAAACACAGCAUCACCGUUUGUCCGGUGGCAGUACUGGCAGUGCCUCUGUUAGUUCCUCCUCUUCAUCCAGCGCCUCGACGACAGCCACUGGCCUUGGCGGUAGUACCUCGGGUUUAAGCACCGGUGCUCCCUCGGUAGUUGAUUCACCAAAUCCUACCGCCUCUUCGCUCGGCAUUGGCUAUUUCAAUGACAUGGCCACCAAUUUUGUUGGUGACUAUGCGCCAUCACAUCAUCCAACCGCGAAUUCAUAUUACACUGACAUCGAUGCGAAUUUCUUUAGUCAAGGCUACAGCAGUAAUCAGCACGAGCACAGCAACAACAGCCCGCCCCCGCAAACGCAACAGCAGCAACAGCAGACGCAAAAUGGAAACAACAAUGCAUCGCUGCUGUCACAUGCGCAACAGCAACAACAACAACAAUCCCAGCAGUCCAAUAAUCCCGCCGCCAACAAUAAUGCGUCAGCCGUCAACGCCAACCAGACGGGCGGUCAGACACCCAGCCACAACAACAACAACAGUGCCAAUUUGAAUUACAUGCAAAUGGCGAUGCGAAACUCCGCUGCCAACGCAGCACUCUACACCCAGCAUCAGAUGAAAGAGGAGCCUGGCACUCAAAAUGCAUCCUCCUAUUCGAGCCUCGGCAGUGGCAAUAGCAAUGGUCAAACUGAUCCCGCUGAUCUUUCCGUUUCAUCCGUUUAUGGUUUGCCUGCUCAUCUGGCCGGAGCUGCUGCUGCGGCAGCUGCGGCUGCUGCAUCGGGUGUACAUUACGAUGACAACGACUAUCAUAGCACGAUUUCAUCGCAAGAACACCAGAGCUAUCAGGAUAAUGGUGCCGAUUUUUAUGGCAUUACAACGGCGACUAAUGAACAGAAGUACAAUGCCUACGGACGGUCACCAUUUCCCGAUGCAUAUGGCUCCGAUUAUUCGCCUUACGAUCCGUCUCGAUUCCCAACGAUGACCGGGCAAUCGCCAAUCGAUCAGUGGGGCGUACAUCAUGCGGGGCAACAUUCGGCGACGUAUAUGAAUACGAUGAGCUUGGAAAAGGCACUGAUGGGCGCGUAUCCCAUGCAAGGCGGAGUGCCGUGUUUUACGGGCUCUGGGCCCAUACAACUGUGGCAAUUUCUAUUAGAACUGCUAAUGGACAAGACGUGUCAGGGCUUCAUUUCGUGGACUGGUGAUGGCUGGGAGUUCAAGCUGACCGAUCCAGAUGAGGUUGCGCGUCGCUGGGGCAUUCGCAAGAAUAAGCCAAAAAUGAACUAUGAAAAGCUCAGCAGAGGCCUGCGUUACUAUUACGACAAAAAUAUUAUCCACAAGACGGCUGGCAAGCGCUACGUUUAUAAAUUUGUUUGUGAUCUACAGAACCUAAUCGGCUAUACACCAGAAGAAUUGUGUGCUAAAUAUGACCUCAAGACGGACAAGAAAGAUGACGAUUAAAGCAUUGUUUGAGGGCAGUCCGCCAAGGCAAACAAUAAAAUUAGCUAUGACUGCAGCAACGAGCCCCCAAGCCACCCACACAACUCAAGGCGCGCUUUGAGCAAGAAUGCGAACUUUAUGAAUGCCAAAAGGUGUGAGAUCAUCAAUCUACUCCUGUGCAGUUCAAAUCGCCAAUGUGGCUGGUUCCAGUGCUGUGCAAGAGAUGCGGUGCGGUGCGGUGCGAUGCGGUGCAUUCAUGUAAAUGUGGAUUCUUCCAAAUGUGCUUAAUUUCAAAAGUACAUAAAUACUUUACAUAUAAACGCAUACACACACACACAUAUGCAAUUAUAUUUAAAAAUACUUACAUUAUACAGUUAAAGAUGCCUUUUUUACAAAAAUUUCGCUAUUUUCUGUGCUUACUCAUGCCUAAGUUUUAAGUCAUCUAAUAUGAUUUAAGUUAAUUCAUUUGGGGAGAUUGCAUACUUACACAUGCACAUACACAGCAUACAUGCACGUACGGCUGUGUGUAUGUAUAUGUACGAACAGUGCGAUUUGAAAUGCAAUGGAAGCGCGCACAAAGCGACAGUAGAAAAAUUAUGCUGACGUGAAAACAUAAAAAUCGUGAUCAUAAUUUUAAGGUUGCACAACAGUUUUAUGUUAUAGCGCAAAAUAAAAUAUAUUUUAAAUAUAUAAAAUAUUUUAAAUAUUUAGAAAACAACGCAGAUAACAUUUCAAUAUUACUUUUAAACGAAAAAUAUGAAUAACAAUGUUGUAAAAAUGUAGUCAAAUUUAAGUUAGAGAGUAAAAGUAAACCAGAAAAUAUUGAUAAAAUAAAAACUUCUGUAUAGUGCCUAGAAAGUUUGUAAAGCGCAGUGUUUCAUAAGUGUUAUUGUUUAAUUUACUAUUGUAGAUUAUAAUUUUUGAAAUUACAAAAAAAAUUUAAUUUACAUGUAAUUAAAAUUAUAAAUAUCUUUUGAGUUAAAAUAAAAAAUAAAAGGCUUACAAAUUUUAAUGAAAUAAAAUAUAACAGGAUAUGAAAAUAAACAACAACAACAAAUAAAAAAUAUUACAAAAUAAAAAGAAAAUAAAUACAAAAAUAAAAAAAUAGUAUAAAAUAAAAUGCAACAAAAGCAAAAGUAAUAAAAAAACAAUAAUACAAAAUAAUAUAAAAUUAAAUGAAAUAAAACAAGACAAAUUAAUUUAAAAAAUUAAAUUAAAUGAAGGAAACUAAAAAAAAAUAAUGUAAAUUAAUGACAUAAAACAAAAUAAAUUCAAAUAGAAUAAAUUGGCAUGCGUUAAAUAAGGUGAAAUAUAAUAAAUUAAAACAAAAUUAAAUAAAACGAGUUAAAACGAAAUAUAAAAAAAUAAAAAUAAAUAUAUAACAAUGAACGAGAAAAUAUAACAAAACAAAAAAUAAUAUAAUAAAAUAAUUCACAUAAAUUUAAGUAAUAUAAAAUAAAUUAGAACGAAGUAAAAUUAAAUAAAAUAAAAUAAAAUAAAAUAAAAAAUAAAAUUAAAUUAAAUUAAAUUAAAUUAAAUAAAUUCACAUAAAUUAAACAAAGUGAAAUAAAAUAAAAUAAAUCAAAAUGAAACAAAUAGACAUAAAUUAAAUAAAGUGAAAAAAAAUUUAAAUGAAAAAUAUAAAAUAAUACAAAACACAACGAAAUAAAACAAAGUAAAUUAAUUUAAAAAAAAUUAAUUGAAUGAAGUAAAAUAAAAUAAUGUAAAUUAAAAUUAAAUAAAAUAAAUUAGAAUGCAAUGAAUUUGCAUAAAUUAAAUAAAGUGAAAUAAAAUAAAUUAAAAUAACUGUUAAGCAAACUAAAUAUAAAAAAUUAAAAAAAUAUAUAAAAUGAACGAGAAAAUAUAA